GAAUGGUCGGUUGCUGGUGCUAAUAGUAGUUGUGCCCGCGGUCGCUUUCUUGGUGCAGCAUGUUUUGUUUGCUGGCGUCGUCCCUCCACCGACCGAUCACGGCAGGGGCAGCAUGUUCGAUAUGAUUGCCACCCGCUACGACUUCAUCAACCGGGUUCUCGCCGUUGGUAUGGAUGUGGGAUGGCGGAAAGCUAUGGCACGAAAAAUUGCGGAUCGUGUCUCGAACGUGCAUCGCCCCCGUAUUUUGGACAUUGCCACAGGGACUGCAGACGUUUCCUUGUUGUUGGCAUCGACAAUACCGACCGCAACCAUACUCGGCGUCGACCCUAGCGCCAACAUGCUGAGCGUAGGCCGCGACAAAAUUCAAGCCCGUCACUUGGAAUCACAGAUAACUCUCGAAAUUGCCGACGCACAACAGUUGGUCAACCUGCGAUCGUCCAGUUUCGACGCCGCCACGAUGGCGUUUGGCAUUCGCAAUGUUCCGGACCGUACCAAGGCGCUAUGCGAAAUUCACCGUGUUUUAAGAGGCGAUGCUGUGUUUUGCAUUUUGGAAUUUUCUGAGCCCGAUGAUUCGUUUGGGAUAUUGGGUCGAGCGGCGCGAUUGUUUAUUCGACACGUUGUGCCCUUUCUAGGCGGUGUGCUCUCGGGAGCACCUCGAGAAUAUUGGCAUUUGCAAAAUUCCAUUAGUGAUUUCCCGUCGCCAUCGGCCUUUGCAGCCCUGAUUGAGGCUCAGGCAUGUUCAAGU